GCAUAGCAGCCAAGUACUUCCGGGUUAUUCUCCCAUGUACCGGAACCAGUAUGUCAAGUGGUGGUACUUCCGGGUUGGGGUGUACCGGUGUUGCAUAGGUGAACGCAAUAUUGAGAAUUCUAGGCACAAGUGUAUUGCGUAGGACCACGUAAGUUUGUGUGUAUAUAGUCGGUAAUCGUGAGAUAAGCGAACAUUGAAAGAAUCCAAAAGAACUUUGAAGACGUCUCAGAAUGGCGCAGGUUGCUGAGAAGAUUCCGUGGAAGACUGAAUCGUAUGUAUCACAGGUACAACAACACUGGCCACAGACAGGGAAGCAUAUCUUGGCACAGUAUGAUGACAACAGUGUUGUGGUCUAUCAGGCUUUCAGACCAGAGAUCGCCGAGUACGCAGUUAAGAACCAAAGGUUCGGCGGUCCCCACUACAAAUGGGAGCGCAUGUCGUGGAUCAAACCUAACUUCCUGUGGAUGAUGUACAGGUGUGGAUGGGCCAGUAAGAAAGCACAGGAGAGGGUGUUAGCUGUACGAAUCACGCGGAAUGGAUUUGAUGAGAUUUUGGCAAACGCAUACACGCCGAAGACUCAGGCAGAGGCCGGGCUGCCCAAGGACCAACUGAAGGUGCGGCUACAAUGGGACCCCGACCACGACCCCUCCGGUACAUCUCUACAGAGGAGGGCCAUCCAGUUGGGGCUGAAGGGGGAGAUACUCAACCACUAUGCCCAGGACUGGAUCGUAAGCAUCACGGAUGUAACAGACUUUGUGCAUGAACAGUAUAACGUCCUUCAAACCAGCGGUACUGAACAGCUUCAAGUUGCUGCAGAGAGAGUCUAUCAAGUCACUGACCCUAAAACUAAAGCUCUAAUAGGUGUAGAGGACUGGGCAACAUCUUAGGUAUACUUGUAGUUUAUAUACAUUGAUAGUGACAAAAGGAGGCAAUAUAGAGUAUACAUGUAAACAUCAUGCACUUUAGUAUUGGACCAGCCUGCUAUGUAUCUGUUUCCAUCUUUUGUCCACUUCUCCGAGAUCACUACCUUGCUGAAAUAUUUGGAAGCAGAUACAUUAUACAAGGCUGACGUUUGACAUCAAGUUGACAUAUACACUUAACCACUAGCUAUAAUAUAUGUCUGGUAAUGUGGUUUAAACUAUUUAUUAUCAAAAGUCAUUAGAUAUGUCAGAAUACUAUAGAAUGAUACACUGGACUUCAAAAUGUGUUUAUUGACAAAACUAUGCAUGCUAAGUUAAGAACUACAUGUACUAUUUAUACAUCUGACAGCAAAGGAAGCUGAGACUGGAAACAUAUUUUGUAACCAAUUUAAUUUCAAAAUCUACAUAGACUUGUUUAUUUUUGUCAUAGUACUACGAAACAAUAGAAUACUUUCACAUAUUGCAUUAAUCAUUAAUCAAAUUGAGGUACAAUUAUGCAUAUGUUUGUAUAAUCAUGUACCUCUAAUGUAAUCCAUCCAUUGCAACCAUGUCUCCAGUAUGAUAUACUACACUAUACACGCACAAUACAUACGUAAGUUGCAUAUGGCAUAUUAUGCUAAUGCAAAUACAAAUGGACUUCUUACUGAAAGCAUCAUCAAUAUAUAACUUUUGUUUUCUCAAUCCUCUGCUUUGACAUGUCAGAAUAAAGAUUUUUCCAUCUUACAAC